UCAGCGGCUCGUGCCCACGCGCUCCGCACCGUCGGUGCUCUUCACGGAAAAAAUAUACAGGGGUACCGUCUUCGGUUUUUGUGGCUUCCUCUGAGCCUCUCGGGUUUUUCUCCAGUUCAGGUUACUGGGUCUACCGGCGGCGUUAACCGUUCGUCCGUCCCAAUCCGGAGAGACAGACCAUGUCGGAGUUUCUGGUGAAUCUGCUCGGAGAGCGGCUCGUCAACGGCGAGAAAGCCGAGGUGGACGUGCAGGCGCUGGGCAGCGGGCUGUCUCUGCUCGGCCUCUACUUCGGCUGCAGCCUGAACGCUCCGUGCAGGCAGUUCAACGCCAGCCUGUGCGAGUUUUACAGCAAGUUCAAGAAAUCCUCGGAGCACAAAGACAAGCUGGAGAUCGUCUUCAUCUCCUCGGAUCAGGACCAGAAGCACUGGCAGGACUUCUUGCAGGAGAUGCAAUGGCCGGCUUUGCCUUUUAAAGACAGACACAAAAAGAUGAAGCUGUGGAACAAGUACAAGGUGACCAGUAUUCCCUCGUUGGUGUUUAUUGAUGCAGCCACAGGGAAGGUGGUGUGCCGAAACGGUUUGCUUGUGGUGAGAGACGAUCCUAAAGGUUUAGAGUUCCCCUGGGGUCCAAAGCCGUUUGCAGAGGUCGUGGCCGGACCCCUGCUCCGGAACAACAGGCAGACGACAGACAGCAGCACCCUGGAGGGCUCCUAUGUGGGGGUGUACUUUUCUGCGCACUGGUGUCCUCCAUGCCGCAGUCUGACUCGAGUGCUGGUGGAGUCCUACCGCAAAGUGAAGGAAUCAGGACACAAGUUUGAGAUUGUAUUUGUGAGUGCAGACAGGUCAGAAGAUUCCUUCACGCAGUAUUUCAGUGAAAUGCCUUGGCUGGCCGUGCCGUACACAGAUGAAGCCCGGAGAUCCCGCCUCAACAGACUCUACGGCAUACAAGGCAUCCCCACACUGAUCCUGCUGGACACGGAGGGUCACAUGAUCACGCGGCAGGGCCGAGUGGAGGUGCUGAAUGACCCAGAGUGUCGGCUGUUUCCAUGGCACCCAAGGCCCGUCCUGGAGCUCAGCGAGUCCAACGCAGUGCAGCUCCAUGAGGGACCCUGCCUCGUACUGUUUGUAGACGCAGAGGAGGAGGGUGAGUUGGAGCCGGCCAAGGAGCUGAUCCAGCCAAUCGCAGAGAAGAUCAUGGCCAAGUACAAGGCCAAGGACGAGGAAACCCCGCUGCUGUUUUUUGUGGCUGGAGAGGAUGACAUGAGCGACUCUCUGCGAGACUACACCAACCUGCCAGAGGCAGCACCACUGCUGACCAUCCUGGACAUGUCGGCCCGUGCCAAAUACGUCAAAGACGUGGAGGAGAUCACGCCGGCUGUGGUGGAGCAGUUUGUCAGUGACUUUCUGGCUGAGAAGCUCAAACCGGAGCCCAUUUAAAGUAGAAAAGAAACCCUGGACAGCACUACACUUCCCAUCAGUCCCCUGACUCCCUUUUCUUCCCCUUCCUCCUGUGAGACUGUUUAAGAGAAGCCUCACUUUGUACUGACAUUUUCCCCUUUUUUAAAACAAAAGUCCCACCCCUUCUUCCUGGAGUCCUUCUCCUCUCCUGUGGUGCCUUGCAUUUACAUCCUGGAUGGCAAAAUUCAUAAUUCAUACAACCAAGAUUUUUUUUAUGUUGCUUUUUUUUGGCAUUUCAUUCAUAGAACCUCAUAAAGUAGAUGAGAAACCCCACAGCUGCAGCAGACUCAGAACUACGUUUUAUUGCUUUUAUUUUAUUAAUAAGACUUAGCUUUUAUUUCCAGAUACUGCUUUAAAGAAGAAUAAAGUACAUAAAGUGUAUUUCUGAGGAACGGCAUGUUCCUCCAGUUCACCUGGCUCCAUUCACUAGGCUGUAGUUCUCUCCUUAUGGGUGCUGAUUAUUAUGCAUACAUGGACAAACUGAUAUCUCUGUAUAGGAAGCGUCUCGAAGAGUCAGUCUAUUCUUUUGCGUGGCAGCCGUUUUUAUGCAGCUAUUAUUGAUCCAGAAAUGGACUUCAGUCCUUCUUCUUGUUGAUAUUUGAUGUAAUGAUGUAAUAUGACUGUUUUCCAUCUUUGACACGUUUUAAGUGGAUUUUCUGUGAAGGUCCCCUCUAUUAAAGCAGUCUGAUUUUUGGAGGCACAGAAUAGCAUUUAAUAGCACGUUUCCAUAUUAAGUGUAGGCGUUUAGAGUGCACACAGCUUCUGUCUCUCCUUCGUUGUGUUUCUGAUGAGCCCUGGCCAUUAAAACUCACUGUCUAGC